UUUCUGGUAUUUGUUUCCCUGUUUCCAGGCUUCGUAGACCCGGCGACUGACGGGUCUUGCGGGAUGGGCGAUGGCGUCUCUUGGCCUGUGCGCAGCCUGGUGCCCGGGCUUCCGGAGCUGCCCAGCCUUGAGCUGCUGCCAGCCGCACCCCACGAGACCUGCCAGAUGGUGCUGCCGCAGCUGGUGGCUGGGGCCUUCCCCGGCGAUCGCCAGGAGCCGCAGCACAGCGCCAAGGUCAGGUGAAGACCUUGACGGAUCUUGGGGUUACCACCUUCGUUUGCCUGCAAGAGAGGGGUGAGCUGAACCGCUUCACGCCUUACAUGAGCGUAGCGCGGCGCUUGCACAAGGACCCUGCAAGCUUGGAGUUCUUCCACUGCCCCAUGCCGGACGGAGGGACCACAUCCGCAGAGGAGCUGAACAAGGCGGUCGCAACCAUUGUGGACCGACUUCUGGCAGGGCGUACGGUCUACGUGCACUGCUGGGGCGGGCACGGUCGCACUGGCACGGUGAUCGCUGCCUUCCUGGUGACCUGCUACGGCUUGAGCCGGCAGCAGGCGGAGGACUUCUACAACGCGGGGGAGCAGGCGAGGCUUCCCUUCUGCCUUGAAGUAGGGCAUCUGUCCCAAAUGCUGCGGCUUACGCUGGGGCCGCUGCCUGCCGGUGUGGCCGCCCACGUCUUGGACUUCGCGGAGACAGAGGUGUUGUUUUCCGCGCGCGGGCUGAGCCGUCACUUCAAAGCUGCGUGUGACGGCGCCUGCGGUUUGCCGCGCUUAAGGCAGCUGCUGGCACGAGCGCGGCACCUGGUGGAGGUCACGCCUCAUUGGAGGCCUGACUCCGCUGAAGCCGGGCUCUUCCACUCUCACUUCGAGGGCAACGGCCUGGCCUUCUGCCACAAGUCCGUGGCGCUGCUUGGGGCCCUGUCCCAACUGCGGGCGCUCGAAAACCUGCAGCGGGCGCACUUCCAAUGGCAUUGCAUAGAUACCCCCCAGAAGGUGGACCGAUACCUGGAUGCGGAAGAUGCAAAGAAGGGCCUGCGAGAGGCUGCAAAGCUGGGCCAGGCGGAAGUGGCUGCUGGCUUGCUGACGGGCUGCGUCCAGAGGAAGGUCCAGUUGGACCAGGCUGCCUGGACCGCCGGCCUCUCUGCCUGCAAAAAGGCGGCGGCGUGGCAAACGGCCUCGCUGAUCCUGUCGCAAGAUGUCCGCUUCGACGUGGUCUCCUUGGGGGCGGCCAUCAGCUGCUUCGGGGCGGCUUCGCAGUGGCAACGCGCCAUCGCCGCGUUGCGGAUCCAAACCAACCAGCUCCAGUCCAGCGUCAUCUCCUUCAACGCUGCGAUUACCGCCUGUGAGAAGGGCAGCCAAUGGCUGGUGGCUGCACAGGUGCUGCAAGGCAUAAAGGAGCAGCACCUGCUGCCCGACUGCAUCUCUUACAGUGGCAUGAUCAGCGCUUGUCAGAAGAACAGUUUGUGGGACCAGGCCAUAGACUGCUUGCAGCUUAUGCGGUCCGCUGCGGUUCCGCCGGAUCGCAUCGCCCUGAACUCGGCAAUGAGCGCCUGUGCCAAAGCCGGUCUGUGGGAAAACGCGAUUUCGCUGCUCGGGGAGAUGGAGCAAGACGACUUGCAGCCCGACCUCAUCACAUGCAGCGCUCUCACCACUGCUUGUGAAAAGGCCAGCAAGUGGGACUUGGCCUUGGCCACGGUGCAGAUGAUGCCAUCGCUGAAUCUGCAGCCAUCCACGGUGACCUGCAGCUCGUUGAUCAGCGCCUGCGGCAGAGGUGGGCAGUGGCCUCUGGCGCUGAGCGUUUUGCACGGCAUGAUGGAAAGUUCCAUCUCCUUGAACCAGGUCUCGCUUGGUGCAGCCAUCACCGCCUGCAGCCUGGGCAAUGAGUGGCAAAGAUGCCUGGCUCUUUUGCAGGGUAUGCCAUCCUGGCGCCUCAAGUCCAACGAGGUGACCUACAAUUCCGCCAUCACAGCGCUGGAGACGUCCCAGCGCUGGGACAUCGCAUGCUAUCUCCUUGGGCAGAUGGGCGGGACUUGCAGCAGGACCAGCUACCACGCCCUGAUGAGCGUGCUUGGUGCUGCCAGCUGCUGGCAAAGAGCGGUGCUGCUGCUGCCAAGGGCGGAGGCCAGCCCGGGAGAGGCCUCCCCCUGGGCGGCAGCGAUUGCAGCCUGCGGCAGUGGUGAGCAGUGGGCCUUUGCGGUCUUUCUGUUGAAGCAGAUGCCGAAGGUUGGCAGACUUGGGGGAGCCUUCCAGGCCGGAAUGGCUGCUUGUCAGGACCGUUGGCAACUUGUCCUGCAGAUUCUGGACAUGGUGGCAGUGGAUGGAACUUGGAGUCCUGAUGCAGGACACUUCCAGACCGCGAUCACUGCUUGCAGUGCACAGUGGGAAUGGGUUUUGCAUUUGCUGGCAAAGGCCUCUGACUCCGGGACUUCGCUGGGCGUGGCUGCAUUCCAGAGAGCCCUCGCUGCUUUUCGCGUUGCGGGUGUGUGGCAGAUUGCUUUGGGCUGCUUGACGUGCUGCCCCGAGCCCGAUGCCAGCAUUCUCGCGACGCUGGUUGCCACCGUGGGUGACGUCAGCCAGUGGCAGGUGGCACUGACGCUGCUGCUGCAUGAGAACUGCGACGGCGCAGCAGCGAACGCGGCCAUCACAGCCUGCGAGCGAGCGUCUGCAUGGUCUGAGGCUUUGAAGAUCUUCUGGGACAUGCCACGGCUCCGGCUUCAGCGGGAUGCCACCAGCCUGGGCGCUGCAGUGGGUGCGAGCCCUUGGCCUUUGGCCCUGGAACUGCUGGAUUUCGCGGAGAACGAUGACAGCCUGCGACCCACUGCGGAGAGUUACAAUGCAGCCAUCAACGCUUGCAGUUCUGAAGGCUUGUGGCAAGCAUCGCUAUCCCUGCUGGUUGGGAUGGAGCGCGCUGAGAUCCGCCCAGACGACAUUACCUGUGGUGCAGUUGUCAGCUCAUGCGAACCAGAAGGCCAAUGGGAACUGGCGCUUCACCUGCUUUGGAGGCAGUCUGAGUUUUCUUCCACUCAAUGCUUUGACAUCAUGAACCGGCUGUUGGUGACCUGCACGAAGUGGGAGCACUCUUUGUCCCUUUUCGCCAGCAUGCUGAAGCAGCGGCUGCUGGCCAACGGCAUGCACGCUGCCUCCACCUGCAGCCUUUUGCAGAAGACGAGCCCGCAAAAGGCGGCCGAAUUCUUGGAUGACUGCCUGGACCUUUGGAAAAGUGAAGACCACGAGAUCCUGCGCUACGACUUGCUGGCCCUCCAACGCCCCCAGGCCGGCUGCAACGUGAGGGUGCUUGCAGCGAGGCCUGGCAUGGUUGCCGUGUCCAAGCCGCCGCAGCGGACGACCAAAGCUGUCAUCGACCAUUUGGGCGACUGCAUGCGAGCCCUCCGCCAGCCUGCGCUUUUCACCUCAGUGUCGCGUCUCGACUUCCAGACCUCAGGGGUUUUGGUGGUAGCCUUUGGUGGGAUAAGCUCGGUGGCGGUGAACUGGCUGCAGGCCCAGUUCGCGCUGCGAAGGGUGCGGAAGCGCUAUCUCUGCUUGGUCCAGGGCCCGCCCUUGGGGGAGCUGGGCACCCGGGGCGAAAUCUGCAAACCGCUGCUGAAGCCGCACCAGUCUUUGGUGGGCGACCUUACCUAUUCUGGUGCUACAUGGGCGCCCCGGUUGUUCUUGCACUGCCACCGCAUGGAGAUGCAAGACCUGAAUCGCGAGGCCUUUGUAGUGGAAGAGGCCUUGCCUCCAGAUUUGAAACGCUUGCAAGAGCUAUUCGAGAAGUACGACACGUCGGGAGAUGGCGUCAUGAGUGAGGAUGAAAUGGUGGGGCUCUUAUCCAAUUUGCUGGAUAUCCCCACGGGCCGGUGCCGAGAUUGGUUUCACAAAGCCGAUGGCAACCGUGAUGGCGUGGUUCAGGUGCACGAAUUCAUCGCCUGGCUGACCGACAACCCGCCCUUUUCGCGUGUCUUUGAGAAUGAGAAAGAUGGGAAGAAGACGGUGGAUGUAACCAUCGUGAACCCCUCCGGAGCCGUGGGCCAGGUGCUGACCCUGACUGUCAAGAAUCACGAAAAUGUGGGUUUCCCAAAGGGAAAUCCCAUCGAACUCCGGGUGAAGCCAGGAGAAACCAUCACUGAAACUUUGUUGAUGGUGGAGUCUGAGCCCUUCAAGUACCACUACGCUACUAGCUGGCGUGCUGAUUGGGCUGGCGUUCAAGACGACCCCAACGCUUUUGUGGACCCCGACUUCCCGCACGACGCGUCCAGCAUCGUGGAUCCGGAGCGGCCGAGUCUGGACCUGGGCGCCACCGAGCGCUGGAUGCGCGCGCGGAUGCUGGGAGACCCAGGGGAAGCUCUGCUCUUCGACAAGGUGAAGCCGCAAGAUAUCAAGCAAGGCGCAGUGGGAGACUGCUGGCUGGUGUGUGCCUUGGGUGCGAUGGCUGCACAUCCGGAGAAGUUAAAGAGCCUGUUCCACACCAAGCACAUCACUGAAGAUGGUAAGUAUCUUAUUUGGCUCUAUGACGUCUAUGAGAAGAAAUGGACACAAGUGGAGGUUGAUGAGUUCUUACCAUGCAUGAUCCAGAAUGGAAGGCCGACUCCCUCCUUUGCGCGUCCCUUGGGAAAUGAGUUGUGGGUUUUACUGCUGGAGAAGGCUCUUGCUAAGUUUUGUGGAAGCUAUGGAAAGCUCCACAGCGGCUAUUCCAGUUGGGCUUUCCAGGUGCUCACCGGCAAAGCCGAUUAUAUUGCCUUUUUGAAGGAGAAGAGCGGCUGGCGGAAGUGCAAGCCACAAAAAAUGUCAAAGGAGGACGCCCGCAACCCGCGAUUUUUCAAGAUGAAGUAUGCCGGAUGGGGCUCACACAGCAAGGCUGAUCUCUUCAAGUUCUUGAAGUCGCACGUGGAAGACAAACAUGUCCUUCAGUGCUCGAUCAGCAAGCAGGGCGCAGCUGCAGAGGCGAGGCUUUCCAAUGGCCUGCUGUGCCAUCACGCCUAUGCCUUGCUGAAGGUCAUGACCGAGAAGCUGGACGAUGGAAGUGACGUGCACUUGGUGCAGGUGUCCAAUCCACAUCACACAGGGGAGUGGAAAGGUGAUUGGAGUGACUACAACAUCUUCAAGAAGGGCCUGAAUUCGGACAAAUGGGCGGAGAACCCUCAGCUCACCCGGCGAUUGGCGGUGACCCGCUGUGAUGAAGGCACCUUCUUCAUGUCCUUCGACGACUGGGAGGCCAACUUCUCUAAGGUGGUCCUUUGUCCGGUGGGCAAGCCCAUUGAUCCAGAGAAGGACGACACCGGCGAAGAUGCCGAAGACGACGAGCAGCCGCAAGGCUUCUUCGCCAGCUUGUUUGGAUGGUAG